AAUACAAAGAAACUCCUUUCUUAAAUUCAAAUGCUGAUAAAUCAGCCGCUUCAGGCAUGUAUUGUAUAAAUAAACCUUGAAGUAAUGAAAACACGUGAAUAACUGAAUAGUAGGCGGACCGCGGAGUUACGAUACUGAAAAUAUGAAACCGCAGGACGCCGAAACAAUCAUGGCACCCGCAAUCCUAGUGACGGGCGGGGCGGGCUACGUCGGCUCGCACACAGUAAUGUCUCUGCUUGAACGUUCAGAAUCAGUGGAAUUCGAAAUAGUUGUCGUAGACAACCUCACCAAUGCAUACAGAUCUGAUGACCAGAAAAAACCAGAACCAUUGAGAAUUAUAGAAGAGAUGACGGGGAAGAAGAUACACUUCUACGAACUCGACAUCCGCGAUAGAGAAGGAUUGAAUAAGAUAUUUGCCGCUCACAGUAUCGAAUGCGUGAUCCACUUCGCGGCGCUCAAGGCUGUGGGUGAAUCCGUCGAGAAGCCGCUGGAAUACUACCAGGCAAACAUAUCUGGUACUUGUACGCUAUUUGAGGCAAUGCGUAAACACGGCGUAUACAAGCUAGUGUACAGUUCUUCGUGCACCGUGUAUGGAGAACCGGAGAAGCUGCCGUUGGACGAGUCUCAUCCCACAGGCCAGGGUCUGGCGAGCCCAUACGGCCGGUCCAAGUUCUUCUGCGAGGAGAUUAUGAAAGACCUUUGCAGAAGCGAUCCGAAAUGGAUGGUAAUUUCAUUGCGGUACUUCAACCCGGUGGGCGCUCACCACAGCGGGCGGAUCGGCGAGGACCCCACGGGCAUCCCAAACAACCUCAUGCCCUUCAUAUCGCAGGUAGCAGUGGGCCGACUUAAAGAAUUGUUAGUCUUCGGCAACGAUUACCCAACUAUAGACGGCACCGGGGUCAGAGACUAUAUCCACGUCGAGGAUUUAGCCGAAGGCCACGUUAAAGCCAUUAAACUCUUCAAACAGCCCGGCUUCAGUGGUUUCCAUGCUGUCAAUUUAGGCACGGGCACGGGCUACUCCGUGCUGCAGAUGGUGGCGGCGUUCGAGCGCGCCAGCGGGCGGCGCGUGCCGCUGCGCGUGACGGGCCGCCGCGCCGGCGACGUGGCCGCCAACUACGCCGACGUGUCGCUGGCGCUGCGCCUGCUGGGCUGGCGCGCCACGCGCACGCUGGCCGACAUGUGCCGCCACACGUGGGCGUGGCAGAGCGCGCACCCGCAGGGCUUCCGGGACUGCUAGGCGCCCCCGCACACAGCGGUCUUAUAUUUGCCAUAUCACGUCGAAAAAUACCAUACAAAAAUUAAACGAAGACGACUAAACGUUAUUUUACGAUUUGUAAUUAUGUCUCGAGUGCUGAGUAGGGAUUCGUUCAAUUUGCUGCGCUCCAAAAUAAUUUGAUUAUUUAUCAUGACAAUAUAGCGAGGUGGUCCUAGAAAGCGUCACGUAGAUAUAUCUUAACUUUUGAUUUUUAAAACGAUACACUUUUCGAUUGAAGUCUUUAUCUCCAAAAUAAUAAAAGCGUAGCAAAAUAUAUUUUUACUUACACAUAUAAUAUUUAAUCUAGUGUUCCUCUUGUCAAUAAUCAUUUCGAAGUUCUCGUACUUCGUGAGGAAACUAUUUUAUAAUUUAAAUAUACUAUAAACUGAAUCAGUUGC